UCCUCCUUCUGGCUCAGUGUAGAAACUGCAGGUUGAAACAACACUUUAUCUUUAACAAAAGGCAUGGAGGAUAAGGGUGGAAAGAGGGCUUAUCUUCUCAAUAUUUGUAAAAUAUGAAUUUUGUCUUCCUGAGUUAGAUAAAUAUGUUUAUAUUCUGCACUGCCACACACGGCAAAUAAACUUUUAAUGCUUUGGAUGCUGUGUUGGUUUACAGUGAGGAAAGAAAAGGGAAACUGAAAGUGAUUCCACCUGAAGAAAAUUCCCAGAGUAGGAAAAACCUAGCAAAGGUUCCUGUACUAGGAAUAAAAAGUGAUGAAAGAAAACUUGUACGGUAUUAAACAGAGACAUGGAGCAUUCAAAACACAGAUCUUGGGGAGAUUGCUUCAACAAGCACCACCUUGUCAGGUCCUACUCAAAGACAAGAAAGCAGCACCAUCGUGAUCAUCAUGCGUUUGCUAAAAUUCUUCCUUGUGCUGCUUCUCUUCAAAGUAAGCUCCUCCCUUCACUGCAACAGCCUUGCCUCUAACCAAAACAAAGUGAACAAAGAUGGCUUAGACUUCUUGGACAAAAUGAGGAGAAACCUCUCUCCCCAGUGCCUAAGCGAGAGGCUGGAUUUAAAAACCAAAGAUAUUUUCAAAAUUGAACUGUCACAGAAGGAUAAUGCCAAGGCAGCCAUCCAGGAGCUCCUCAAAGCUAUCUUCUAUGUCCUCAGCAACAAUCUCACACAAACGACCUGGCAAGAGAGUUCCAUAGAGAAAUUUAAGAAUGGCCUUCACUGGCAGAUUGAGAACUUGGAGACGUGUUUGGAUGCCGAGAGGGAGAAGGGGGAAAGAAGCCCUGGAAAAUAUAACCCCUUGGUCACCAGACUGAAACUGAAGAGAUAUUUCCAAGCAAUAGACAAUUUCCUCAAAGAGAAGCAAUACAGCCAGUGCGCCUGGGAGAUUAUUUCUGUGGAACUGUCAAGGUGCUUUCAGUUUAUUGACAAACUCACUAUAAAGCUCAGGUACUGUACUCCCUUUUUUUCCUAGAGAAGCUGAAUUAUUGUAACAGAACAGAUGAAAAGAUAAGGGCAAUAAUUCUGUAACAGAGCUACGACAAAGUUAUGUUAUCAUUUUUCUGGAGUAGGCAGUAUAAUUUUUCAGUUAAGGUGAUCACGUGCCCCUAGGGUAAUAAUGAGACCUGCAAACCAACCCUUAAUCCCAAACGCUACCCAUCAGCAUAAGUUAACCAAAUGGUAAGCCCUUGGCUACAACACAAACCUUCCCUUCUGGGCAAACAAAUAUUAUGAAAGGGAAAGCACACUACCUCUUCCCCACACUGAGAGCAAGCCUCACUCUGGGAGUAGCCUCCAUCCUGGGCUCUCACCACGCUCUGCCACUUUGUUCUGGUUCAGGCACCUCCUCUCCCUGUGGACAGACUGCCCUGCUCCGGCUCUGGUCUGGGGUUUAUAUGCCCAGAGCCCUGCUCUCUUCUGGUCAUGAGCCCUGUCAGAUGACCUGCCCCAGGGGUGUUUAUUAACCCCAGCCUUCCCAGCUGCCUUUGUCAUGUUGACCAAGUGGCCCCUUCUGCUUCUCCAUAACAAGGUAAUGGUUCUCUGUUACAAAACUACAGGUUUCAUGAUAGCUAAUUUCAUAACAGGAUCAUA